ACCCCCUGGUUAACAGCAGUCCCCGGCAACGCGCAGCCUCCCAGCAGCUCUGAGCGGGUUCACUUCAAGAAACGAUUGCUAUACUUCUGGACUAAAACGGGAUCGGUGAACGCAGGAGUGGAUUUAUUAUUUCAGUUGCGGAAGUUUGGUACAACUUCCCCGCAGACUGGAUCGCAGCCUAACAGACUUUUGCGCCCGUGGCCAUGAAGUAGGAGAAGAGAGCGGAGUCCGGCGAUAGGCCGUUAGCAGGCUGAGUUAGCCUACGUGAAGCUAUUUGUAUGGGCGCUAACUAGCCAAGUGCUAUUUUUGUUAGCAUAACAGAUAGUAAAUAACGACUUUUGGCGUGUCGUUAUGCUCAUGUAUAGAGAAACCUUAGCGUGGUUCAGUGCAGUUGUACGUUUAAUUAAGUUUCGCUGAGUUUUGAGGUCUUUUUUUGAGGAAAGUAUUUAACAAGAAAAAAAAAAAACUACAGCAACUUUAAGACAACGUUUCAAGUGGAGUUUUUUGGUUUAUUUUGGGGGAUGAUGUGUGUACCAAAGUAAUCAGUAUUUUUAAUCGAACAGACAUUGAUGAUUAAACUUGAGUCGAAAACUAUCUGGACUGCACUCCUCCCUUGCUCCUUGACUGGACUACAGUUCGCAUUUCAGCCUCUCUACACCCCGUCGACUGGACCGUUGUCUUCGAUCUUUGGCCCGGCUUCACUAGCUGGCCGCUCGGCACUGGGUGCCCAAUGGAGGAUCAUGACAACAUGGACUAUUUUUACCAGCAGGUACUGCAGAAGGACGUUACACGUAGACUGCAGGUCGGCCAGGACCUCAUAGACUACCUGAACGACCCAGAUCGCUCCCCGGACGUGGAGCAGGACAAGCCUCGGCUUGAUAAGACCAUAGACGAGUUAACGGGAUGGAUCAACUCCAGCAAUUUCAAGGUGGCUUUGUUAGGGAUAGACAUCUGUGGGGCAUUCGUGGACCGCAUGGGAGAGCGCUUCAAAGGACACCUAGGCACAGUCUUGCCAGCUCUGGUGGACCGGCUGGGUGACGGGAAGGAUCAGGUCAGGGAGAACAGCCAAGCUCUCAUCCUUCGCCUCAUGGAGCAGACCACGUCACCCAUGAAUGUGUGGGAAAGGCUGACUCUCGGCUUUAAACACAAAAACUUCCGCAGCCGAGAAGGAAUCUGCCUCUGUCUCAGCGCCACACUCGGCACGUACGGAGCCCAGCCUCUCAGCCUCAGCAAAUUAGUCCCACAUCUCUGCUCUCUGACUGGAGAUCAGAACCCACAGGUGAGAUGA